UACGUGUAGCCGAACAGGUCAGGUGUGCAGUGCCUUUGCACACUGAGCGAACCUCUUUAAUCGACUUGCACGGGGUGAUAAAUAAUUAGCUCGUGCUAGCUGCAUGUACGCGUCCAUUGUGUUCUAUGAUUGGAACUGAUGCACGAAAUGAUUCGAGAUGAGAAGCUUGUUUUGGUUCAUCAUCACCGCACAGCAUUAAAGUGUCCAGAAGUGAUAAUCGUUCAUGAAUUCAGCCAGUGCCAGGAGGAGAUUCCAGCCAUGGAGAAGACCGCACCAGACACAGAAAAGAAGACAAACACUGCCACCACAGUUUCUAAAGCGUGUCUGGAGGCAGGCUUGUAUAAAGACUUGGAGGACUCUGACUUAGGCAUCCAUAGUUGUGAGUUUUGUGGGGCCAGUUUUGAAUCCAGGCGAGGUCUUUCCAGUCAUGCCCGGUAUCAUCUCAGGCAGCUGGGAGUGGCUGUGUCCGACAGUAGUGGAGCUCCUAUAGACCUCCUGUACCAGCUAAUGAAAGAAAGAGGUGGAACUCUACCCAAGCUCGAAAAACAGGUCAGCCCUGUUAAAAAAUACAAAACAAAGUCCCCCAAGCUCAAAAAGGAUUCUGGGCCCAAACUGAAGAUUAAAAUAUCCAACCUUGUAAAGAAAAAAUAUGCCCUUUCCUCAUCUUCCCCCAUUGCUGUAAAAGGAUCAGCAGCAUCUGGUCGCUCUUCUUCGCCUUUCGCUGUAGGGAAGCCUCGUAAAGCAUCUUCUAAGAAGAUUGUAGUGUCCACUCCAUCUUCAGCCCUGUCUCUUCAUAAGGAUGUGGAAUUCAGGCUCAGUGAUGGCAGUCCGUCUACCUCCCUCUCGCUGGCCUCAGCCAAGCCCCUCUGGGCUCCUAAGGAAACAGAUGUCCCACUCAAUUUAGAAACUAUGAUGAAUUCUACAGUGAGGGAUGAUGUCCAUGUAUGUGAAUUAUGUGGAUCGUGGUACGAGACCCGUAAAGGUCUCUCCAGCCACGCACGGGCCCACCUGCGGCAGUUCGGUGUGAAUUUGGACUCUAAAGGUGCUCCCAUAGACAUGCUUCAUAAAUUAAUUCAGAGUGAAGACUUCAAGGAAAAGGCCAGUGCUGGGCAGCUGGAAGGGUCGGAUUUUGAGAAAUACACAUCACCCUCCUCCACUCCUUCCACCUCGUCAGCCAUCAGCAAAAAUCCCCCUCUUGCUCCUCUGUCGUUUAAUGGGCUGACAUCCAUUCUUCUAACACCUCCCCCUAUCAAAAAGAAGAUUAUUUCUCAGGACUUUUCAAGAAACUUGCCCCUCAGUGACAAAGUAGAGUUUAAGUCCCCUCCUUCAGCCAAAAAGCACAAGAUUUCACUAGAUGUUUCAGGGAACAUGCCACUCAGCGGCCAAAUAGAAUUGAAAUCACCUCCCUCAGAAUUGAUUCCAUCUCCCCCAAACACAAAGCAGAAGAUUUCUACAGCUGUUUCAGAGGAAUUGCCUUUCAGCGAGAAAAUAGAAUUGAAAUCACCUCCCUCAGUGAAGAAGCAGAAGAUUUCUCUAGAUUUUUCAGCGAGCUUGCCCCUUGGUAAAAAAGCAGAAUUGAAAUCACCCUCUCGAGGUGAGUCAUCUAAAGAUGUCAACUGUGAGUUCUGUCACGAGAAGUUUAAAAAGAGUCAGAGCCUGGCCAGUCAUGCCCACUAUCACCUGCGUCAGAUGGGCAUCACAGAGUGGUCCGUCCACGGGUCUCCCAUAGCCACUCUCCGAGAGGUCAUGGCCCAGCAUGGUGGUUCUGUGGGAUCUCUCAGUCCCCUGUGUCCACCCUCGCUGACCCCACCUGUAUCCCCUUCUGCACCCCCUCUCCCCUCAUCCCCUAAACCCAUUACCCAGCCUUCCUCUCCUCCUCCUGUUCCUCACAAAGUUCCAAAGGCCAAGAAAGGCUCCAGGACUGUGAUCCCAAGACCAAAGGACGAGCCUGUGGAAGUUGAUAUCUCUAUCAUAGAGUCUCCUAAGCCACAAAGCACUCCCACCAGCCCUUUAACACCUAUAUCUGAUUCCAACACCGUUAGAUCACCUGUGAUCGCCCCUAAGCCCGAGAAGCAGGAGCCCAAAGCGUUCGUAUGCUGCGAUUACUGCGGCGAGAUGUUUGAUACUCGUAAAGCCCUGUCCUGUCACGCACGUGGUCACUUACGACAGCUGGGAGUAAGGUGGUCCCUGAAAGUCCCACCCAUAGAGGCCCUGUAUGAGCUCAUGAAGAGGGAGGGCACUGAACGGGCAUCCCAAAUCAAAUCAGAACCUGCAUCAGGGGCGGCAGUGCAGUGGAAAAAAACAGCAUCCUCACCUCAGACGUUAUCUGGGGAAAAAGAGAAACCUGCCUCAGACAGCAUGACCACAGGCUGCGAUGCCACCUGUGAACUCUGCGGCUUUGAUUUUGAGAAUCGCAAGGCACUGGCCAGCCACGCAAGAGCCCACCUGAGGCAGCAGGGAGUGGAUUGGAAGGUCAUCGGCUCUCCUAUUGAGACCCUGGCGGCCUGGAUGAAGAGUGAGCCGGCGAAGGUAGCAGAGCUCCAUAAAAGCUACAUGAGGGGGCAUUUGCCUCUUGUUAAGAAGGCCUCUAGAAGAACCUCCACUCCAUACUCUUCCUCAGACUCUGAGUCUGUCCGUCUUGGUUCUCACAAAGGUUCAUCUUUUGCUCGAGACACUUUAGCUCAGCUGCAGGUAUCCCAGCUUUCCAAAGCAACUAGAGAGGGCAAAGCAGGGAUGAGCCACUCCAUCUCAUCACACAAGAAAUGUUCACCUUUAUCAGAUGAACUAUCCUCAAACAGCCUGAUCCAGAUCCCCACAGCCCACAGUGAACUGAACGUUCGUUCACCUCGAGGCUGUGAACGGCGUCCUCCAAAGCAUUUAUCUCACUCUGAGAGUGUAUCUGGGGAAACAGAACCUUCAAAGCCUUCUCGGGCUGGAAACAUUCCAUCCUUGGUGCCUAGACCACCAGAGGCCAGCCUAGUAAAGCUAGUAGGAAAAAUGUACUCCCUUAAGUGCAGGUUUUGUGAGGAGGUUUUCCGAGGGCCGCUCUCCAUACAGGAGGAUUGGGUCAUACACCUACAGCAGCACAUCCUCAAGCUGAAGACCGAUUCAGCCUCAAGCUCAUCACCUCAGCCUCCUCUCAGUCACAGCGAAGCACCACUGCUUAUUGGCCCUCAGGCUGUCUAGAUGCUCUUUCUGCUGUGGUCUUUCUUUUCAAAAUUAUGCAAUUACACUACGCUGACUUUUUAUUGAGAAGUUUAACUUUAUCACCUGGACCUUAAAAUGUCAACUGUGAUGAGGAUUUUUGCCUAAAUUUUAUUUUCUACUUUUAGAUGAAUUUUUGUUGGGCACUACUGAAAGUGAUUGACCACAGCAUUUCUUACCUGUCAAGUGUUGUCCAGUGGAUUUAUUGAGAUGAUUUGAAUGUAUUUUACUUUAUUGUAUUUCGCUGUUUAUAAUGUGUUGCCACAUUUUACCAGUUUUCUUGAUUAACAAGAUUUCAAA